UGUUUUGUAUCUGCCCUGUGUACUGGUCAUGUGUAUGUAGGCUACAAGAAGCACCCGUUAGUCAGUUUCAAUCCUGGGAUCUGUUGACAGAAAAGAGAGAAACAAACACAGUCAAGACUAGAUUCUGGUAUUAGGCUGCACAAGAAGGCUGGCCAUGGUUGAAAAGGGCAUCCUGGGUUGUUUCAUAUUGUGUCUGUCUCUGACCUCAGUAUGCGCUGUCAGAGGAACCCUUAGUUCAAUAAAGGACCUCAGGGGAAUAGAGUUUGGUCACACCUUUCCUCGACACGGCCUCAUGCUGCUCCACUGGCUAGCCAACAACAUUCACAUUGACAACAACGGCAACAUGAGACUCAAUUUCAACCCAACCAGGGGAGACUAUGGCUUUCAUUUCUAUGGAAACAGACCAGCUUCAUUACCUUUUCUGCUUCCUGAAAGCGGAAGUUACUACUCACUAGGGAAUAUGAACAGUAAUGGCUUAAGGGCACUUCCUGAUUAUGUAACUCAAAGAUUCUACAGCUCAAGACGACCUGAGAAAAACAGGGACAGGGUCAUACUCAGAGUUAGGGAGGAUGGGUCCAAUCAGUUCAUAGUAGACGAGGUCUAUGUCACACAGCACUAUCAACGAAAUGAAAACAGAGGAAGUGGCUAUGAUCCAGACAAUACAUACCGUGUCAAUGUCAGCCUCCUUAGACAAAUCCAGAGUCUACAAACCAUUGACCAAAGUGGCAUGGAGGAUAAGGAUAAUGCAUUGAUUAAGCUUGAGGUGAAAACCACAGAUAGAGGAAAAGCCAGGAUCAUCUGGAGUGGGAUCCCCAAGAGGCUAUUAGACCAGGGUGUAAUGGUGGUUCUUCAUAGGAACAAUAACAGUGACAGUAAGAGUGAGCUGGACAAAUCAUCAGUCGGGGGCAAAGCCUCUGGGAGCUAUAACACUUCAGUACCCCUUAACCCUGGUCUCCAGGUCAGGCUCCAUAAGGAGGUAAAAUCAUGGUGGAAUUACUUGGGGUUUGGGUCCACUAUCGGAGAGGAGAUCUGGAGAGGUUCUGAGUUUCACGAUGCCAACAGAGAGAUUCCUGUUGAUAUUAACGGACAUGACGCCAGUCUGCAGCUCUUCGUAAAGGAUGGAAAGGCCUGCGCUCGUCUGUAUGUAAAGAAAUCCUUCACUGCCUGGAAGAAAACAUUUCAUAACUCCUGGGUUGGGUUCUACUCUUCUGAAGGCACCCUGGAUUAUAACACCUGGCAAUGGGCUGUAAAGUUCUCUGAGGAAAAAGGCUCACAUCAGGCUGAUAUACCUGGGUAUGAUGUCUAUGUGUAUGAGUCUAGUAUGACCAUGUCUCCUGGGGUCCAGGUCAGAUUCAUGCUGGAGAAAUCUGGGGGUGAAAAGGCACGCACUCCACCCUGGGAGAGACUUGUCCAGUGGUGAGCUCACCUGAUAACAUGAUAUAUGACGUUGAUAUUCUCACUUUUAUAACUGCUUGUGUAACUGCUUUUGUCAAUGUUUAACAUUUAUGUACCCUGCUUUUAACUUGGUUUAAUUGCUAAUCUGUGUAAAAUGUAAAAGAGAAUCUGUUCCCAAAAAUCCCUUCUGUUCAUCUUUCUUUGCUAUUUUGAGGGGAUGACAAACAUGCUGUUGGUGUGGGAGGGAGACUUAACCUGUCCUCAUGACAAACAUGCUGUUGGUGUGGGAGGGAGACUUAACCUGUCCUCAUGACAAACAUGCUGGUGGUGUGGGAGGGAGACUUGACCUGUCCUCAUGACAAACAUGCUGUUGGUGUGGGAUGGAGACUU